CUCAACUUCAGUACUCAAACUACAACAGAAAAUAGAGAGCAACAAGAAGAGAGAAAAAAAAAAAAAAAAAAAAGAGAAACCAAAAUUAGUUCAAUGUUGAAAAAGGAGAAUUUUGAUGGCAACAGCAAUAACUGGGCAAGGGUGUGCGACUCUUGCGGUUCCGCUGCAUGUACCGUUUACUGCCGGGCGGAUUCCGCCUAUUUGUGUGCGGGCUGUGAUGCCCGCAUACAUGCAGCAAGUCUCGUGGCUUCUCGUCACGAGCGUGUCUGGGUUUGCGAGGCCUGUGAGCGUGCCCCUGCAGCCUUUCUUUGCAAGGCGGAUGCAGCCUCACUAUGUGCCUCCUGCGACGCUGACAUCCAUUCUGCCAACCCCUUGGCGCGCCGUCACCACCGUGUCCCAAUUAUGCCCAUUCCAGGAACCCUUUUUGGACCUCCAGCUGUUGACACCGUUGGCAGUGGUUCUAUGAUGAUUGGUGGACCCACAGGGGAAGGAACGGAGGAUGAUGGGUUCUUGAGUUUGACUCAAGAUGCAGAUGAUACGACCAUAGAUGACGAAGAUGAAGACGAAGCUGCUUCAUGGUUGUUGUUGAAUCCUCCUGUUAAAAACAACAAUAAUAAGAACAACGUUAACAAUAACAACCACAACAAUCAAAAUAACAACUAUGGGAUGUUGUUUGGUGGGGAAGUAGUGGAUGACUACUUGGAUCUUGCGGAGUACGGAGGGGAUAGUCAGUUUAACGAUCAGUACAGUGUUAAUCAGCAGCAACAACAUUACUCUCUUCCUCAAAAGAGCUAUGGUGGAGAUAGCGUGGUGCCAGUUCAGAAUGGACAAGGAAAAUCUUUAAUGCUUUACCACCAACAGCAACGACAACAAAGUCACCAUCUGAAUUUUCAGCUGGGAAUGGAGUAUGGCAAUUCUAACACUGGAUAUGGAUACCCUGCUACUAUGAGCCACAGUGUUUCCAUUUCGUCGAUGGAUGUCAGUGUUGUCCCAGAAUCUGCACUAAGUGAAACUUCAAACUCCCACCCACGACCACCAAAAGGGACCAUUGAUCUGUUCUCUGGCCCUUCAAUUCAGAUACCUCCCCAGCUUACUCCAAUGGAUAGAGAAGCCAGAGUCCUAAGGUACAGAGAGAAGAAGAAGAACCGUAAAUUUGAGAAAACCAUAAGGUAUGCUUCAAGAAAAGCCUACGCAGAAACAAGGCCAAGAAUCAAAGGCCGAUUCGCGAAAAGAACGGACGUAGAGGCUGAAGUAGACCAGAUGUUCUCCGCACAAUUAAUGGCAGAUAGCAGUUAUGGGAUUGUGCCUUCAUUCUGAAGGCGACAAAAAGAAGAUCAACUACAAGUCCCUAAACCUAGUAUUAAUAUUGUAUCUCUUACAUCAUUAUCGAUCUAACUAGCUAUUGAAUAAUGAGAAAUGUAAUACAGUAGUUUUCCACAGAGAUUUGUUAAAUUCUCUUCAUUGUUGUAUAUGUAAAAAGAGUUCUUCCUUGUA